AUGCCAGUUGUCAAGAUAAUGAUUUUGACUCCCACGGGUCUACAGGAUGCAGAUAAAACAGUUGCUGAAAUGGCUCGGGAUCAUAAAGAUUCCAACACUCUGGUCACGGUCGCUUCACUUGCUUCUAGUGCUGGUGAUGUCAUAAGGCUUCCGACUGCCCUAGAAUGCCCAUCUGCAAUGUGCCUUCUUCAUGUAGACUUGGUGAAGGCUUGCUAUCAGGCCCGCAGAGAGAGAUAUGACGCCUUCAUUGUCGAUUGUAUGGACGAUCUUGCUCUUGACGAGCUGAGAAGUAUUUCCGGCGAUAUGGUAGUCAUUGGGCCCACUCAAUCGGCGGUUCAAACAGCCCUACGGCUUGGAAACCGUUACUCCAUCAUUAUCGACGAUCCUAUCUUUAAAGAAGUCAUGGAAAAGCAGCCUUUGCGCAGGCUAGGCCCUGAUCAGUUACCUGUCUCGUACCGAUCAAUUGAUAUGUCCUACCAUGGGGACCAGAAAGAACUGGAAACACAGCUCUUUGCACAGUCAAAGUUGGCAGUUGAAAGUGAUGGCGCAGAAGUUGUGAUCUUGGGAUGUACUCUCGCGCGCGGAUGGUAUCAAAGCCUUCAGCAAAGACUCGACGUCCCUGUUAUUGAUGGCUCCAUCAAGUUAGCAGAAAUGUCUGCCCAUAUGAAAAUCCGUUUUGGUUGGCGUGGGGUAACAAAAUCUCCUACAGAUGAGGAACUUAAGCGGGCCAACACGAUGCAAGAGCCUUAUGUGUUUAGUGGAAGAAUCGAUGUUGAAUAG